GCCGAGAUGCGGCUGCUGCUGCUCGUGCUUCUGCUGCUGGCUCCGGCGCCCGGGUCCUCGGCUCCCAGGGUGAGGCGGCAGAGUGACACCUGGAGCUCCUGGGGCAGCUGGAGCCCUUGCAGCCGGACCUGUGGAGGGGGCGUCAGCUUCCGGGAGCGCCCCUGCUACUCCCAGAGGAGAGAUGGGGGCUCCGGCUGCGUGGGCCCCUCCCGGAGCCACCGCUCUUGCCGCCCCGAGAGCUGCCCCGACGGCGCCCGCGACUUCAGGGCGGAGCAGUGCGCCGAGUUCGAUGGCCAGGAGUUCCAGGGGCGGCGGUACAAGUGGCUGCCCUACUACGGCGCCCCAAACAAAUGUGAACUGAACUGCAUUCCCAAGGGGGAGAGCUUCUACUACAAGCACAGGGAGGCCGUCAUAGACGGGACACCCUGCGAGCCUGGCAAACGGGACAUCUGCGUGGAUGGCAGCUGCCGGGUUGUCGGCUGUGACCACAACCUGGACUCGUCGAAGCAGGAGGACAAGUGUCUGCAGUGUGGUGGUGAUGGCACGACCUGCUACCCCGUCACAGGCGUCUUUGAUGCCAAUGACCUCAGCAGAGGCUACAACCAGAUCUUCAUAGUUCCCGUGGGGGCCACCAGCAUCCGUAUUGAGGAGGCGGCUGCCAGCAGGAAUUUCCUGGCGGUGAAGAGCAUCCGUGGUGAAUACUACCUCAACGGGCACUGGACCAUCGAGGGCACCCGGGCCCUGCCUGUGGCCAGCACCGUCCUGCACUAUGAGCGGGGAGCUGAGGGGGACCUGGCGCCUGAACGGCUCCACGCCCGCGGCCCCACCUCGGAGCCCCUGAUCGUCGAGCUCAUCAGCCAGGAGCCCAACCCUGGCGUGCGCUUCGAGUACCACCUGCCCCUGAGUGCCCCCCGGCCCGGCUUCAGCUGGAGCCACGGCUCGUGGGGCGACUGCAGCGCCACGUGUGGCGGAGGUCAGCAGACCCGCCCGGUGUUCUGCACCAUCGACAAUGAGGUCUACCCCGAACACCUGUGCCGGCACCGGCCGCGGCCGGCUGACCGCCGCCCCUGCAGCCCUCAGCCCUGCCCACACACCAAGCGCUGGAAGACGGGGCCCUGGACGCCCUGCUCGGCCUCCUGUGAGGGCGGCUUCCAGUCCCGCACCGUCUACUGUGUCUCGUCUGAUGGCGCCGGCGUCCAGGAGGCUGCUGAGGACGCCGAGUGCGCGGCCCUGCCUGCGAAGCCCCCUACCACGCAGGCCUGCAACCUGCAGCGCUGCACAGCCUGGAGCGCGGAGCCCUGGGGCGAGUGUUCUGUCAGCUGUGGCGCCGGGGUCCGGAGGCGGACCGUCACCUGCCGGGGUAACGAGGGGUCUCUGCUCCACGCCACGGCAUGCUCCUUGGAGGACCGCCCCCCCCUCACUGAGCCCUGUAUGCAUAACAGCUGUCCCCCACUCAGUGACCAGGCCUGGCACGUAGGCUCCUGGGGUCUAUGCUCCAAGAGCUGCAACUCGGGCACUCGGAGGCGCCAGGUGGUCUGCGCCAUUGGCCCGCCCGGCCACUGCGGGAGCCUGCAGCCAUCCAGGCCUGCGGAUGUGGAGCCCUGUAACACGCAGCCCUGCCAUCUUCCUCCAGAAGCCCCCAGCGUGCAGGACAUGCACACCAGCCCCAGGAACCCGUGGAUGUCUCUGGGCCCGCAGGAGGCCCCCGCCUCAGAUUUCAGAGACCAGUGGUGGGCAGCCCAGGAGCAACCCUCAGCUCGGGGUAACCCCAGAGGCAACCAGAGCCCACACCUGCCAGCCCCGGGCCCAACACCAUCUCUGCGGCACUCCUCACACCAGCAGCCCCUGCGGUCUGGCUUGGGGCCCCGUGACUGCAGACACAGCCCCCAUGGGUGCUGCCCCGAUGGCCACACUGCGUCUCUUGGGCCGCAGUGGCAAGGCUGCCCGGGGGCCUCAUGUCAGCAGAGCAGGUUCGGGUGCUGUCCUGACGGGGUGUCUGUGGCUGAGGGGCCCCACCAGGCUGGCUGUGCGAGCUCUUAUGGACGCGACAACAGCGGGAGCAGGCCACGGUCCAGAGAGGUGGCUUCCACAGCCCAGCAAAAUGAGCCCAGUGAGUGCCGGGGCUCCCAGUUCGGCUGUUGCUACGACAACAUGGCCUCUGCGGUGGGCCCUCUUGGGGAAGGCUGUGUGGGCCAGCCCAGCUACAUGUACCCCGUGCGGUGCCUACUGCCCAGCGCCCAUGGCUCCUGCAGGGACUGGGCCGCCCGCUGGUACUUCGUCGCCUCCGUGGGCCAGUGUAAUCGCUUCUGGUAUGGCGGCUGCCAUGGCAACGCUAAUAACUUUGCCUCAGAGGAGGAAUGUGUGAGCAGCUGCCGGGGACCCCAACAUGGCCCCCGCCGACACGACCCCGGGGCCUCUGGCCAAAGCACCCAUAGAGACAGUGGCGGCAGCGGUCCUGGGGGCCAGCAGGAGGCCAGCCGGCACGGGACGGGGCCUGUGGUCCAGAGAAAGCCCUUGCCUUCCGGUGGCUUCUGGUGGCGAGAUCAAGAGCCUAAGUCGGGGGCCGUGGACCACAGACAGGCCUUUGGAGAAGGGCCCCAGGGCCAGGAGCUUGGGCCCAGUGCCCCUGGACUGGGCGGAGACACAGGACCACCAGCGCCACCUUCCCACAGCUCCUCCUAUAGAAUCACCCUGGCAGGCUCGGAGCUUUCCCUGAUACAGGCGGCCCUGGGACAGCUGGUGCGGCUCUUCUGCCCAGAUGACAGCUCCCUGGACCCCCAUGCCAGGUGGCAGAAAGACGGGCAGCCCAUCUCCUCUGCCAGGCACCAGCUGCAGCCCGAUGGCUCCCUGGUCAUCAGCCCCCUGCGGGCAGAAGAUACUGGCACCUACAGCUGUGGCAGCACCAGGCCAGACCGUGACUCUCAGAAGAUCCAGCUUCGCAUCACAGGGGGUGACGUGGCCAUGCUUCCUGAGGCUGAACCAAGGCACUUCCCUCAGGCCAGGGACCCAGCCCAGGGCCACAGUCCUAGGGACCCCAGCCUAGGGGGCAGUUCUGGGGUCCGGGGGGCCGUCUCCUCCUCGCACCCACGGCCCACGAGCAGGCUGCGUCUGGACCGGCACCAGCCUGGGGUGGUGGAGGCCCAUCCAGGCCAGCAGAUCCGGCUGACCUGUCAUGCCGAGGGCGUCCCAUCCCCAAGCGUCGAGUGGCAGAGAGACGGGCAGCCCCUCUCUUCUCCCAGACACCAGCUGCAGUCCGACGGCUCCCUGGUCAUCAGCCGCGUGGCUGUGGAAGAUGGAGGCUUCUAUACCUGUGUUGCAGUCAACGGGCAGGACCGAGACCAGCGCUGGGUCCAGCUCAGAGUUCUGGGGGAGCUGACAAUCACAGGGCUGCCCUCUACGGUGAUGGUGCCAGAAGGUGACACGGCCAGGCUGCUGUGUGCGGUGGCGGGCGAAAGCGUGAACAUCAGAUGGUCCAGGAACGGGCUGCCGGUGCGGGCCGAUGGCCACCGUGUCCACCAGUCCCCGGAUGGCACACUGCUCAUCCACAACCUGCGGGCCAGGGACGAGGGCUCCUACACGUGCAGCGCCUACCGUGGAAGCCAGGCGGUCAGCCGCAGCACCGAGGUGAAGGUGGUCCCACCAGCACUGGCCGCCGCGCCGAGGGAGCCCGGCAGGGAGUGCGUCGACCAGCCGGAGCUGGCCAACUGUGACUUGAUCCUGCAGGCCCAGCUCUGCGGCAAUGAGUACUACUCCAGCUUCUGCUGUGCCAGCUGCUCCCGUGUCCAGCCUCCCGCUCAGCCCAUCUGGCAGCAAGGAUACAACUCAUAGGGCUGGGAGAAGGGAAGACAGGCUCGCGAUCUCCCCUGUCUGGCUGGCCAAGGGAGUUCUCCUCCGGAGACUGGCCUCUUCAGAGCCGCUCUGGCUGUUGAGCACCAGCGGCAGCCUCCCUCUGUAGUCCCAGCAGUGCUUGCUUCUCUGACGUACCACACGCGCCUGCUGAGUUGUCAAGAAGCAGCAUCUAUUUGGAUAAGGACACCCUUCACUUUACAACUUCCCUCUAUAAUCUGUUAUACAGGAUCAGUUCACUGUGUUUUAAAGGAAGCUACCAGGGUUCUCACUUCAUUUAAAGCUGUGUGGGGAGGUGUGUAAUCUCAAAGUUAAUACCUAUCUUCUAUGGGAACACUACUCCUGUUGUGUCAGGCAAGUAUACUUUGCUAGAACUAGGUCUCAUCUGGGGUCCAAACAGCGGUUUAUUGCUCUAGUCUCUCUCGCCCUUCUAGGUAGUAUAGCAACCAGCUUCAAAUCCCAUCUGUGCGUAUGGCUAUUAACAGCUUGAUGUUUGUGAAAACUGUCGACGAGGUGGAAUAUAAGUAAAAGGCUCGGUAUAGGGAUUUGGGAUGAAAGAGCAGCCACUGCAUCAUUACCUGAGUAUGAAAGAACUAGAAAAGCUCCUUCCUUUCAUCAAGAGGCUGGAGCCCUCCUCCCGAGGCAGACAUGCAAAGCCAAGCCAUGAGGAUCAUCUCACACCUGCAUGGAGUAGGUGGGCCUGUUAGGUGCAGUGAUCAACAAGGAGCCUCUCCUCCUCAAGCCGGAAUCUCUGACGCAAAAUACUUGCUGCCAGAUAAAAACCAGACUGUUGGGCUUCCCUGGUGGUGCAGCGGUUAAGGAUCCGCCUGCCAGUGCAGGGGACGCGGGUCUGAGCCCUGGUUCAGCAAGAUCCCACAUGCUGCAGAGCAACUAAGCCCGCGAGCCACAACUACUGAAGCCCGUGUGCCUAGAGCCCGUGCUCCGCGACAAGAGAAGCCGCUGCAAUGAGAAGCCCGCGCACCGCAAAAAAGAGUAGCCCCCGCUCGCUGCAACUGGAGAAAGCCUGCGUUGCAGCAACAAAGAUCCAACUCAGCCAAAAAUAAAUAAGUAAAUAAAACAAAAACACUAUUAUAAAAAAACAGCACCAGCAGGAUGGGGUGGGGGGGAACCAAUGGAGGGGCGGGCGAUGUAAUACAGGGAAGUGGUUUCAGAAAUGGUUUGAGUUGGAAAAGGUCAUUCUUCUCUUGGAGCCUCUUAGUUCCUUGCUAAAUCAAGAGGCCUGGUUUCAGUGAGUUUCCGAGUUUCUUUCCACUUUAGCCUUCUAUACAUCCUCCAGAGGACUGGCUGGGCCUAGUAACAGGUUUUUCUGGGACACAAGA